AUGACUCCGUUUGUGGUUCAAUCAACACUUCCGUUGCUCAACGAUCCUCAUCAUUCAGUCAGGCUAGCAGUGCUUGAAAACUUGGAACCUCCAGAGGACCAGUCAGCCUACCAAACUAUAAUUUUACGCUGCUCUGAUGAAUCAAAAGAUGUCAGGAUAGGGGCAUACAGGAAGCUUGCAAGGUGGUACAUUCACAUACCAUUAGAACUAAAGUUGCAAAUUUUAUCCUACGGGUUAAAUGAGGAAGAUAAACAAAUAGUUUAUGAAUUCUACAAGCUUGUUUCAGAGUGGGUUAGGAUAUCUGGAUCACUAUUUGCCUUCAUUGAUGGAUUCAUAGACAAAGUUACGAAUAUGAGUCUUUUGGAGAAUGUAAUCAAAGUAUACAUGGAGAGGUCCUCAUUUCUUGAAGAAUUCAAGGCAUUUGGAGAUGUUGUAAACUCCUCUGAAAACCUGCAAAUUCCUGGUGUUUCAACGACACAUUGUAAUAUAUACUCACUUCUAAAUAGGAUAAAGAGUGCUACACCAUCUGAGCUGCUUGUUCUCUCUGUGUUCUUCCAAAAUUUUGCUGAUGCAACACAUAAACAGGCUAUUGAGGUCUUGGAUGUUUUCUCCUAUCUAAAUGCACUUGUCUCUACACGCUCAAAAAUAAAUGAUAUGCUAAAAUCUCCAACCAACUUUGAAUCUUUAUCUCAAGAGACAUAUUCAUCUCAAAACAUGCCCUUAUCACAGGAAGUCUACUAUUCUCCGAGGACGGAUGAAUACUUUGAAUCACCUCCUCUCUCUCAAGAUGUGGUACAAUCACCUGCAGUAGAUGGAAUUGCGAGAUAUGAUGAGUUACAGAUGGAAGGUUUACGGGAAAUCUACACAAAUGAUUAUUUACUCUGUAACACUCUGCGCAGUUUGCUAAUUAUCGCAACAAGUUCUCAGCUGGACAAGUAUACAAGUGCAUGCGAACUUGUAUGCAAUAAAAUUCUCUUAAAUGCUCCUGUCAGGAGUCUAACUGGAUACCUCCUUUCUGAUAUGGUUGUGAGUACAUCUCUUGGUGACAAUUCAUUUCUUGUUGCACAGUUUUACGGGUAUCUCAAAAACAGCUAUGUGUUCCAUGCUUUGUCGCUACUUCGAAGGAUAACAGCGAUUUCCGGAAUUGGUCUAUCAAUCAUAGACGAUGGUUUAGGAGGAGAAAUUCCAAGGACAAGUAGCAUGCUGAACAAGUUUGAAACUUCCGUCACUCACAAGAUACUCUCAGUCAUUAGCGAUAUCAAGGAUCCAUUUCAGACAUCUGGAAUUGAAAAUGUGAGAAUUGGUAGAAACGAGUUGGAAAGAAUUUCCAAGGCGAAGAUUAGGCGUUUCAACGUCUCAAAAUACUCUAUUGAACACCUUAACAUUUUCGUAAAGAGUCUUGAGGAACAAAUAGGGAGCAACAAAGCAGCAAUAAGUGAACUUGAGACUUUGCUUAAAGUUCCAGGAGAAUCUGAACGGGAGUCUGCUCUCAUGUCUGAAUUAGAUCGACUUUUCAAGCUUUUGGAAAAACAGGAACUCUUUAUUUCAAUUCUUCAUUCAGAGUUAAAGGAACGCUGGUCCCGUAUUUUAAUAAUUGUUGAAUCGUUCCUCGCUCUUACAAGGAGUAAAUGCGCUAAUGAUCCUGGGUUGCAGGAAUUUCCGCAGAUGAUUUUACUGCCUCAACUCUCAUUUUUCUCCUCCACUGUCAUCGAGUGGAAGAAGCAAGAUUUGUGUGAUGAAUACUGCGAUGUCCUCUCCAGUAAGUGCCUAGGAGGAUGGUCUCUUUUGAACCAGGGCCAUCCAGAAUUGUUGAGGCAGAUCAAGGCAUUCUAUACUGCAUUCAAAGAGUCACAUGAUGUGCUCAUGGUAUACAUGAACAAGUUUACUGAAUUGUCUAAAAUGGUACAAAAAAAGGGGGUGGAUAAUAAAGACGGUGAUGAGGAAUUGUUGGUCAUUAGACAAAGAAUAGAACUGCAGACUUUACGCUGUGAAAUGUACUUGGCUACAAUUGUGGAUCUUUUGAUAACAAAUGUGGAGUUGCGCAAGGAUUGUGUUGAUAUUGUUUCCGGGUUUUGGAAUAUUGUAAGUGGAAAAGUAGCCAGCACAAAGUAUAUACAAUCUGUGACAACGCGGCUCUCUUGUAAACUCGUUCUUACAGAUUUUUUCGAACCAGCCACUGGUGUUGUCGGUAAUGAGCCUGUAGAGGAUUUGGAGUCUGUAGAAAGAUUAAGAGGUCUUUUGGAAAUCGCAUUUAUACUUCCGACUUCCCCAAGGACGUUGCUUAGUAGUUACAAGUUUACAAAUACGACUACACAUACAAGUUUCUCUCCAGAAGAUAAACAUAUUAUUGUAAACAUGGCCUGCCUCUAUCCCACUCUAUCCUACAGACAUUUAAAGGCAUAUCACAGAGCAUUUGAACACAUCUUUCUGAGGUCGCUUCAUGGCCUCCUGGAAACAAAUUUGCCACUAGUUGGAUUCUCAUCCCUCGUAGUGUUCACAAUGCAAAUGUUUCUCAAGGCUCCUCUCCAUUUUAUAACCAGAAAAUAUGCAAAUUAUAUAAAGUGGCUUCUUCUUGUUACAAUCGAUGAAGGGAACGUUAUGGAAAAACUAAAGGUGACAUCACUACUCCAUAAUAUCAUCUGCAUGUACACUAGGGAGGACAUAUCGGAAACCAACCAGAGCUUCCCGCAACAUUUACAAGAUGUGAAAACUUUAAGCUCAAUUUGUUCACAUGAAAAUGCGCGGGAGGCGCUUUUUGACCUCAGAGAUAUUCGCAUUCUCAUUAUCUACAUUAUAAAAGAUGCAAACAUUAUAAAGACGAGGGCAAAUAUACAGGUACUUAAAGAUUCUCUAAAUCUUGUCAAUGAAGAAAUUGAUAGGAUUGUAAAGGAGCAUGAGGAUGUAUCUGCAAUUGUAGAAGUGGAAGCCGGAAAUUACCGAUUCAAAACUCCAGAUGAUGCUGCAUUCACAGCACUCGUUGAGGCAUAUGAUGCUUACGUGUCAUCUGUUGGAGAAAGAGAAUGCGUUUCACUAAUCGUGCCAACUGGAGGGGUAAUGAUGAGAAGACGGAAUCGCACAAGGAGGACUUAUGAAAGCUCAAGUGAAUCCAUAAGUAGCGACUACACAAUUAGUAGCGAAACUGAAUGUAUGGAUGAGGAAGGAGAAGAUGAUGGUGAGGGUGACGACGAAGUAGAAACUGAUGUAUCGGAGUAAUUUGUUUAAUUUAU